ACUGGAAGCAAAUUGAAAUGAAUUUCCUUUGAAUUUUCGUUUAUUGUUAAUUGAAUUUUCGUACGUCAAAAUUCCCUGUAGAAAUAAGGAAAAAAAUUGCAAAAAACCAACCGUUUGGCAGUACUUUGUACGAUGGAUAAAGAACGGAAGGCCUGUAAUCGGUCAUCGUGUGGAAAUAAAACGAAAUGUGCCCCAUUGAAUAAAGAGACGAAGCGAUCGCCUCAAAUUUCGAACAGACCAGGAGCGCAUUCGGGAAGAAUUGCUUCACCAAAUGCUGGCAAUUCCACGCAGAUACUAUACGUUGAGCCGAACUUUACGGAAACUCCUAGUGAGUAUGACAUCUUCUAUGAUUGCUUUAGCGAUGUUGACAUAAGCGCCCCAAGGUCUGUUGUGCGUUCCAAGAGAGGGCAAAGUGCCCCGCCUCCUGGAAAAGAUCCUGCAAUGUUGCAUGAUGCGUUAAAUAAAGUCAUUAUCGCAGCCCAAACGCUUCUGGUGGAAUAUGAAAGAGGCGGUCGUAAGGGCCGUAAGGGGUGCGGUGCGGGUUGUCGAUGCAAGGCGCGUAAUAUAAAACCUCAAACGCGUAAUGUCCAAUUGGAGGUUACAGCAAAGUUCGCCGCAAGUAAAACGACUAGCUCUACAAAUAUUCAUAUUGAUCCGAUUACAUUUACAAUACCAAUGAAAUUGCAUUUGCAAAGCCAACAGCAACACGACGAACCCUUUUCGGAGUCUCAACAGUCAUUUAAAGCGAGCGAACCGAUGUCGAUGCACUACCGCGACCAGAUGCCAAAAGUGGGUUCUUCGAUGGAACCAAUACGCACUGCAAUAAUAACGGCCCCACACACUGAAGUGAGCUGUAUGCCAAUGGAAGGACCUGGACAAGCAUUUGAUUUGCAUGCGGCCCUGUUGCAGCAAAUGACAGUCGUCCAAGCUGGUUUCAUGCCAUUUCCUUUCAAAGGUGACGACGACUUGCCAAUGGAAGCACCUCCCACUCAAGGGACUUCGUCGAAAGUGACAAUACAAGCACCUGAAACUGCUUUGGUCUCGACAACGAAAAAAUUAUGUGGUGAAGUUUGCACAAUCGAAAGCCUGCAAACCCCCUCGGUUGAUCCAUUUUUAACACCAUCUUUGGCACCUGUAACUAAGGGACCGUUUUUGGCCACAAUUGCAGCAUCAUCGGUGCCAUCUGUAGCUGUAUCGAAGGCACAGCAACUGCCGGAGUCUGCAAGCCGAGGCGCGUGCGCAUUAUGCGGAAAAGGGGGUGAAAAUUCGAAUAUGCAACCACAAUCCGCUAAUAGAACUCCAUGUAGAAUGUGCUCGAAGGGAAAGUCCGUACCGCCUCAGCCACUCAAAUUUCCAUCACAGUCGCAGAAAAUUGGGUGCGGAAAGUGCUCAAAAGGACAAGUAUCUCCUGCAGAGCUGGUGCCGCCAAUGCCAAAAUUGAUUGAACCUGGUAUUGCAGCAGAUGCCGAACCUAAUAUGGAAACAAAAGCUUCAAAACGCCUAUGCAAUAUUUGCUCCUUGCCACCCCUUUCACAACAAAAGGAACCAUUAUCGAAAAGCUCAUGUGGUAUAAUUUGCAGCAAAACAUCAUCUACACCAUUUCCUAAGGAACGGGACAUUAGUCAAGAGCAACAGGCUUUAAAACCCCCGCCACCUCCACCGCUACUCGAACCGUUGACGAAUGUGAAAAGAACUUGUGGCAUUUGCUCAAAGAAACAGCCAGUAUCUCAAGACGUGCCUCCUGUAACGAAAGAGUUAUCGGAAGGUUUAAUAUCCACUAUGAGCGCACCGUCAGUUCUAUCUCAAAUAAAACCUUGCAAUGUUUGCACCAACAGCGCAGGGUCUCCCAGAAGUCAACAACAAGCAGAGUUAGACGAUUCCGCUGAAAAUAAAACAAAUCCAUGUGGAGUUUGCACUAAGCGUAUUUGCUGUAGUUGUUCACGAGGAGUGGCUGGACCAGUGACUAACGCGCCUGCCUCAAUAGAAUUUGUAAAAGGACCAUGUGGCAUUAGUUCACAAGGAGCACCUAUAAAUGUAUCAGAAGAAAAAGGUCCUUGUGGAGUUUGUUCAAGAGCGGCACCCGCCCCAAUGCAAGCCGAAAAAGGACCGUGUGGAAUUUGUUCCAGAGGAGCGACGCCAGUUCCAAUAGAGGCAAAAGGGCAAUGUGGUAUUUGCUCCAGAGGAGCGGCUCCACUUGCAAUAGAGGAAAAAGGACCAUGUGGUAUAUGUUCCCGACGAGCAGCCAAGAGUACGGCGGAAGAAAAAGGUCCUUGUGGAGUUUGUUCAAGAGCGGCACCCGCCCCAAUGCAAGCCGAAAAAGGACCUUGCGGAGUUUGCUCCAGAGGAGCGGCUCCAAGUGCAGUAGAGGAAAAAGGACCAUGUGGUAUUUGCUCCCGACGAGCGCCCAAGAGUAUGACAGAGGAAAAGGGUCCUUGUGGAAUUUGCUUAAGAGCGACAGUCGCCCCAAUUCAAGCCGAGAAAGGACCAUGCGGGGUUUGCUCCAGAGGGGCGGCUUCAGUCGUAACAGAAGAAAGAGGGCCAUGUAUUUGUUCCCUACAAGCUCCCAAGACUAUGGUAGAAGAAAAAGGUCCUUGUGGAGUUUGUUCAAGAGCGGCAGCCGCCCCAAUUCAACCCGAAAAAGGACCAUGCGGGGCUUGCUCCAGAGGAGCGCCUCCAGUCGGAACGGAAGAAAGAGGGCCAUGUAUUUGUUCUCUACAAGCUCCCAAGACUAUAGUAGAAGAAAAAGGUCCUUGUGGAGUUUGUUCAAGAGCGGCAGCCGCCCCAAUGCAAGCCGAGAAAGGACCAAGCGGAGUUUGCUCCAGAGGAGCGGCUCCAAGUGCAGUAGAGGAAAAAGGAGCAUGUGGUAUUUGCUCCAGAGGAGCGGCUCCAAGUGCAGUAGAGGAAAAAGGACCAUGUGGUAUUUGCUCCAGAGGAGCGGCUCCAAGUGCAGUAGAGGAAAAAGGACCAUGUGGGAUUUGCUCCAGAGGAGUGGCUCCAGGUGGAGUAGAAGAAAAAGGACCAUGUGGUAUUUGUUCCCGACGAGCGCCCAAGUGUAUGGCAGAAGAAAAAGGUGCUUGUGCAAUUUCUUCAAGACCAACAGCCGAGAAAGGACCCUGUGGGAUUUGCUCCAAAGGAAAGGGGGAAAGAAAACCUUGUGGAGUUUGUUUAAGGGGUCCCACUUCACCGAACCAAGAAAUAAAAGGCCCUUGCACUAUUUGCAAGAAGAGUUCAACACCCGCCGUAUCGGCUGAAGCGCGAAGCAUCUGUGUCAUUUGCAAAAAAAGUCAAGUCCCAGAAGAGUUAUCGAAAAUAGCAACAUGUAGCAUCUGCAGCAAACCCAUAUCCCCUGACACAGCAUCCUUCAAUAUUCAACCCUGUGGGCAUUGCGGCAGUGUGGGAGCACCCUGUGGAAUGUGUGCUCCAGAAAAUGAAAAUGCUAUAGAGCCAGCGCCGGUCAGUCAAACCAAGUAUUACAAAGCAUUGCCGCAGCACAAAGAUAUUCACAUUUGCUCGCCAUGCCGCUACAAUCCCAGUCCACUGAUGGAUGAAGAGGGAAAUGUUUUUUGCCCUCACAACUGUGGCUGCUGUCUAUGCCCUUGGCGGAAACGAGCCACCGAUAGCCAAAUCGAGCAAGUCAAACAUGAAAAAAUCAAGGUAUGCAAAUGUCGCAUGCGAGGAUCCAUAUUCUCUGACUACACAUCACGCGCUAAAUGCAGCAAUACAUCUUAUUUCGAUUGCUGCCCCUGUCGCGAAAAAGCGGAGGCAAAGUAUUUGGAAAUUACUGGCGAAGAGAUGUGGAGUGUCGACGAAAGGAUGGGAGCACGGAUACGCGGCGAACCCGUAAAUCUGGAAGAUGUUGUCGAAUACAAGCGCGAUGUGUAACGUAGAUUUAUUUGUUGUUGAUGUUUGUAAAGGGCAUUAGCCGUUAGUGAGUAUCUCAGUGAUGCCCGAAAUUGGCAAUUGAUGAAUUCAGUAUGACAAAGAUGUACAACUGUAAAUAUGCAUACGUACUUUUGUGCAUAGAAAUGUUGCAGUAAAGAGUACAACAAAAUCAGUGAAGACAUUGUAAAUGUGAAGUUAAAUAAAUUGAUUGAAUAAGGAUCUUUUGAAAAGAAACACAAGAACGAUUUUUAAUUCAAAUAAUUUGUUUUAAGAUCCAUGCGAGUGCUUAGCCUUCACCUUGUCACUGUUUACAUACAAAUUUUAAGAUUUUAAUGCACACCAGAAAUAAGAGGAUGAGCUCGACCAAACACCCAAUAAAGGGAGUAGGCGCCGAUUACAUAUGCAGGAUGCGUACGGUAUUUCAGGAACAGCGUAGAACUAUAUAAGCUUUUAGUUCGAAAUUAUGAAGAAAAUUUAAUGAAACCACGAAAAUUUGCACAAUAUUAACUUAUUACAUAUAUAUCCAUAAAGCAUUCAAUAGAAUUUCAAUUAGCUGCAAUAACCUACUUGUUUCGGGUCCGGAAACGAUUGCAUGCCCGAAUGAAAUGCUCGCAACACUUAAACCCCUAACGGUGGCUGGAAACUGCAUCUGCAUGACAACAGACAGGAAAUCCUAUAUAGUAGGAAAAUAGACAGCUGUCAUUUCUGCGGUUGGUCUUUUGGUCCUUUUAUUUCUUGGUUCGAUGAAGUGGGACCCCUUAAACAAACUCCACAAGGUCUUCUUUCCUCUUUCCUUUGGAGCAAAUCCCACAGGGUCCUUUCGCGGCUGCUGCUCUUGAAGAAGUUGCACAAGAACUUUUUUCUGCUGCCAUACACUUGGGCGGCACAAAAAGGCUUUUUAAUUGAU